AUGGGCCACCCAAUUUUCUCCCUCCUCCGGCCCAUACCAAGUCGUCCUGAUGAACGCCGGUCGGCCCAAACUAAGCAGCGUCUAGGGUUUAGCCUCUCGAACCCCCACGAGGUUUUGCUUCGACACCGACGCGAGAAGGCAGGGGAAGAGGAAAUGGCAUCUUUAUCCCGCACAGCCGCCGCCGCCGCCGUCGCCGUGAGGUCGGCGGUCCGCUCCGCACCCCUUACCGGCCGCGUCCUCGGAGCGCCACUGCCUUCCCUUGCCUCGCCUUCCGCUGCACGGUCCGCCCGGAUCCUCCGCAGGUCGGCGGCCACGGCGUCGGCGGGGCUCGAAACGCUAAUGCCGCUGCACAGCGCGGUGGCGGCCGCGCGGCUUAGGUCCUGCAUCGCCGUCGACUCCACCUGCUGGAGCUCGCUCUCGCAAGUUUGA